UUCCUGUUUUUCUUCUGUAAAUUAGCACUGCCAUUAUUUGAACUUUGCCUCUAGAGAGAGAGAGAGAGAGAGCAUGGCAAUUUUCUGUAGGGUGAGAUCACUGAAUCAUCUUUCCAAAUGCAUUUCCUCAAUCGACCCACUUUCUCUUCUGCCAUCUUCAACACGCAGAUUUUAUUCAGAGCAAGUCUCGUCCGGUUUUGAGAGUGUUGGGUUUAUAGGGCUGGGAAAUAUGGGAUCAAGGAUGGCAAAUAAUCUAAUUAGGGCUGGAUACCGAGUCGCUGUUCAUGACAUAAACAGCAAUGCUGUGACGAAGUUCUCUGACAUGGGAGCUGCAACCAAAGAAACACCUUUAAAAGUUGCUGAAGCUAGUGAUGUUGUAAUCACAAUGCUGCCUUCCUCAUCUCACGUAUAUGAUGUUUAUACUGGACCUAAUGGUUUACUUCGUGGAGGGGAAUUACGACCAUGGUUAUUAAUAGAUUCAUCCACUAUUGAUCCACAAACGUCGAGAAAGCUUUCUAUUGCUGUAUCUGACUGUACUUUAAAGGAGAAAAAAGAUUAUCCGAAGAAGCCUGCCAUGUUGGAUGCCCCUGUAUCUGGAGGUGUUCUUGCUGCAGAAGCGGGGACUCUUACUUUCAUGGUGGGUGGCUCUGAGGAAUCUUAUCUGGCAGCAAAGUCCUUAUUCCUUGCGAUGGGCAAGAACAUGAUUUAUUGUGGUGGAUCAGGAAAUGGUUCAGCAGCAAAGAUCUGCAAUAAUUUGGCAAUGUCUAUUAGUAUGAUUGGUGUCUCUGAAUCCCUUGCUCUUGGCCAGGCUCUCGGACUUUCCGCCAGUAUUCUGACAAGAGUACUCAACUCUUCAAGUGGUCGCUGUUGGAGUAGUGAUAGUUAUAAUCCGGUUCCUGGAGUGAUGGAAGGAGUGCCCUCUUCAAGGAACUAUGAUGGCGGGUUUGCAUCCAAACUUAUGGCUAAGGAUCUAAACCUUGGUGCAACAUCAGCCGAAGAGGUUGGUGUUAGAUGCCCGUUGACAUCCCAAGCACAAAAGAUAUACACAGAGCUCUGCGAGAAUGGUCACGAAACCGAGGACUUCUCCUGUGUUUUCCAGCAUUAUUACUCCGGCAAGAACGAGAGUUAGUUUGACUUCAUCACUGAGUAGUGAUAAUAGCAGGUCCAAAUAUUGGAAACCUGAAAAAGCAUUUUGUGGCACUCAAUUUCUAUACAAAGUUGCAACUUCAUGGCCUUAAACGAAUACAAUUUAUCUUGUCUAUAUGUUGAUAGCGUUUUGUUUC